GCCUAUGCUCUCCUACUCUCCUCUCCUCACACUCAACCACUCAACACUCAACUCACACUCCUCGCAAAUCCAUCCAGAAAACAGGAAUGUCCGUUUCGCAUUGAAAACUUGCACGUGAAUAAAAACAACACACAACAAAUACACAAUGGAAGUUACGCGAGCGAAUUUCCAGGAAAUUCUGGAGGAGCUGGACCCUCUCUUGAAAGAGGCAACAUUUUUGGGUAUUGACGGUGAAUUCACAGGAUUGAAUUCAGGACCUGAUGCUAAACCCUUUGACACACCAACUCAAUAUUACAGUAAAUUGCGAUCUGGUUCGAUGGAUUUUUUGAUGGUACAAUUUGGACUCUCUGUCUUUACGCAUAAUUCUCAAACUAACCGAUACUGUCAACGUUCGUACAAUUUUUACGUUUUCCCUCGACCACUGAAUAGAAAUGCUCCAGAUUGUCGUUUCAUGUGUCAAUCCUCCUCCAUAAGUUUCUUAGCAAGUCGAGGUUUUGAUUUCAACAAAUUAUUCAAUUCUGGAAUACCGUAUUUAACAAUGAUGGAGGAAGAAAAACUGAGUAAAAAAUUUGAGGAGCGGCAGAGGAUACGAGAAGAAGGCUUGGAGCUAAUUCCCAUAUCGGACGAAGAUAAACCUCAGAUAGAUGAAAUUUGCACACGAAUCAACGAAUUUUUGUCCUCGGAUGCCGAAGAAUUGUCGAUCGACAGAUGUAACGCGUAUGUUAGAAGGCUGAUACAUCAAGAAUCAAAAAUGAGAUGGCCACAGAAAGUGCGUUUGGAAGCGAAAACCGACGGUGGAAUACAAACAUUGAUAGUUUAUAAAAUGGGCACGAAGGAGGAAGAAAAACAAAAAGAAGCUGCAAGGAGAGACAAGGAAAAGCAAGAGAUCAAAGAAGCGGUCGGGCUUACCGCGUUAUUAAGAAAAAUUGCAGAUUCGGGAAAAUUAAUCGUUGGCCACAACAUGUUGCUCGAUCUGUGUCACAUGAUUCAUCAAUUUUUUGGUCCACUGCCCGAAAGUUAUCGUGAAUUCAAAUCAUUGAUUCACGGUCUAUUUCCAAGAUUAUUAGACACAAAGGUGAUUUGUCAGUCCCCUCAAUUCAAAGACAAAGUACCAUCGUCGAUUCUGGAAGCCAUUUUGGAUACCGUCGGUAAAAGUCCAUUCGCAAUACCGGAAAUCGAACCCGUUGAAGGUCGUAGUUAUUCUUUGGUCUCGGAAAAGUAUCACGAAGCUGGUUACGACGCUUUCAUCACUGGAUUAUGCUUCAUCGCUCUCAUUAACAAUCUCGGUCUUUCGCAGCAACCAGAAGUUUCUACCGUUCUCCCCGAUUCACCACUUCUCAAUCCGUUCCUCAACAAAUUAUUAAUCACUAGACUGAAGGACUUUCCGUACAUAAAUCUCGAGGGAAAUGAUCCAAAGCCAAGCAGAGAUCACGUGUUUCAUUUGACGUUUCCAAAAGAAUGGAAAUUGAGUGAUUUGUCUCAACUGUUCAGUCCGUUCGGUGGUGUUUACGUAUCGUGGUUGAGCGACAUAACGGCGUACGUAGGCUUGAAUCGACGGGACCAGUCGGCUUCUCUCUUGAAAAAUCUCAACAAGGACAAACGUAUGCAAAAGUGCAAAAUUCAAACUUAUGCGGAGCAUCAAAAUUAUCUCGAUGGAAAUUCUGCACCAAUUACGUUGGACCGAAAACGGAAAUCCCCGACUGAACAUCAGGAGCAAGCCCUGAAGAGUUUCGCCCGUGAUUCAGUAGUCGAUAAAUCACUGAAGUUGUCGCUAGAAUACAAACAAAAAGAAAAUAGCAAUAAAUUUGCCUGCCAAAUGGACACUUCUGAUUUCGAACGAUUCCGUUUCUCCCUUUUUUUCUUUUGAGUUCAAUGAAACAAGAGAAACAAGAAGACCCUUGAUUAGAAUAAUCCAACAUGUCUCGGAUAAUGCACCGUCGACGUUUCGCUUCUGGAAUGUAAAUGCAAAGUCUAUUUGUGCUUCUCUCUCUCUCCUCUCUCUCUCUCUUUCUCAAAUCGCCUACGAGUCACACGUGAUUGGACACGCGCCUCUUAACCCUGUGCAUCUAUCUCUCGCUCCAAUGAACGAGAAGGUCAAGAAUUUCUUUUUUCUUUCAAUCCUUCGUCCGGCUCAGCUCUUCCAUUCUUGUUCGCCCGAUGGCGAUAUAAAUGACUGGACUCAGCCAACCGACAGGUAUCACAAUUAGCGUUGAAUGAACGACACUCAAACAUGAAUUUCCUUCUGUCCGAAUGUUUUUUUUAAUCUAUUUUCUGUCCAUUUUUUUUUCAAAUCUGACGCUCAUCACAACUAGAGGCCAGUCAUUAGAAAUAGAGAUCCUCGAUGAAUUUAAAUUUGCGAGAGACCCAGCCCUUUAAUAAUGAAAGUAAAAGAACUACAAAUUCUGGCAUUAAAAAAUAAGAAGAACCCAUAUUUGGGUAUGGAAACACAAGUCAUGAAAAGUUGAGUUUGCAAAUAAAUUCGAGAACAUGAUAACGAAGUAAAAUGAAGAAAAUUGGAUAAUGAUAGAUAUGAGAAAGAAAAAAAACAUGAGAAAACGAUAAAUGUUAAAGUUACGAUUCUCGUUAGCCCUUAAUAAAAGCAGAAGCCUGAAGAAGGAUUUUCAUCCUAUUUACGAUUUCCGAUGUGGGCACAUAUUAGUCGCGUUUUAUCGCUCGGUAGCUCUCUUCCCUUCUCGUAAUUUUGUUCCCCUCCUCUUUGUUUCGUUUCAUCUCGACUAAUUCGAGCGCGUAGCACCUUAACUAUCGUUAUCGCGCUUCCCGAGACUUUAACUCGUUAGUACAAAAUGUUGAACGCCUUCUCGUGAUUCUCAAGUUGAAACGAAAACCGGUUUUUCAAUCUUUGAUACGCGUAUACGAUUGUAAUUAGUCAGUUUUGCAUUCGGUACAAUCUUGAAUAGUCGUGUUAUAAUAAAGAGUAAAGAACGUUUCGACGGGAUGAAAAUUGUCAAGGUUGAAUGGAAAAGUGUUCCUAUUUCGUUUUUCUUUUUACAGAGGGCUGCGAAUAGGAACGAAUUUUCGUUCAUAAAAUAGGGAAAACUUCAAAAGUGUUUUAUGUCAUCGAUUCUCCAAUCAUUUUCGCUCGGACUAAUCCCUCCUCAUGUACCAAGAUCGAGAAACAACUUUUAAAAGUUCGAAGUUCUUUCUCUCUCAGGUUGUUAGCUAUUCCAUUCCUCCAGCCAUUUCGAGCCCCGUCAGCUUGGCAUGAAAAUAUUUCUCGCACGAUAAUCCUCCGCAGAGUCGAUCCACGCCUUCUAAAUUUGUCCAAACAAUCGGAAAGCAUUGACUAAUAAAAACAACGAGGAGAAAUGAAAAAUGCGAAAAAAUAUGACGGUGAAAGGAGAGGAUUGGCAAAUCGGCGCGAGAAUAGGUGCAGCGAGUAAAAAUUCGAACGAGCCGCUUGCGUCGUAAGGAGGCGAUUUGAACGUCGACGACGAACGCUAAGACAAUGCAAGGCGACAUACUGUGAUUUACAUGAUUUUUUUUUCUUUUUAAUCGCUUCUCUUUUCGAAAGAAUGCGGCAGUAUUUUUCACGUGGGCGUCCACGGAUUUGUUGAUAUUUUCGUAAUACCGCUGCUGCGACUUAUUCGUUCAGUUUUUAUCUAAAACGAUCGGGAGUCAUUCAAUUUUCGAAAUUAAGAGAACAAGCACAAUUACACUCCCUUUGGGAUUAGAAGAAAUGAUAACAUUGAACAAAUAUCGCAACAUUCGAGCGCGACGAUCAGUUUUAGCCUUCAGCAGUGUUAUUUUUCUCUCCGAGAGCAUUUCUUGUCUGAAUGGAGGCGACACGAGCCACGCGUUGGUCGGUAUGGGGUUCGUUAACGAAAAUCAACGCCUAGAUACUCUCCAGAGAAUAAUCAAGAAGAGAGACAAAGAGAGAGAGAGAGAGAGAGGCUAAAGAAAAUAAAUAAUAAAAACAAAGCAACAUAAGAAAGAGAUUCAGCACUGUCUUUGCAUCGGUGCAAGUUGCAAGUUGCAUUCGUUGAUUGCAUUCACGAUUCAGUUCCGAGACUCGUUAAAGCGAACGACACGAAUAAAUUUUACAUCGCUUCGAAUACUUUGUUAAGAUCGAGUUGUGAGGAAGAACGAAACAGAGUGGGAGAGAGAGAAAGAGAGAGGAAGAUAAAUGGGUAAAGCUUGUCACCCUCGG